CCCAGAUUCGCUCUAUUCUUCCUACCACCCAAUAUUUAACUACUUUUCGCUUUGCAGAUUCUCUGCCUGUACUCUAGUCCCAGCCUCCGAUGAGCCUCCAACUAAACUCCGCACCCCUGCUCCACUCGUGCGAACGGUGCCGCCAAAAGAAACGCAAGUGUUCAGGCGACAAGCCAGCGUGCACCUGGUGUCGAAAGCACAAUGCAAUCUGCGAGUAUCGGCAAUCGAUUAGAAUCAGGAAGCAGCUCGACGCGCUUGCCCCCCGGUGGCGGCAGUCUGAUCCCAUGUCGAGAUGGCAAGCUGGUCGGGUAUUCGCACACAGUAUCGAUGGAGCCCAGCAGCACCAUCGAUCAGCACUGGGUGCCAUCAGCCCUUGAGCCAGCUGCAAACCAGCGCACCGGUCGAGAUUCCAGCCAUCUGUCACUCGCAAGCUCCACUGCAAACAUCGACGCCACUGCCAGUGCAGAGGAGUAACAUUGCCAUAGAUACAAUUCGGCCUAGCGU